UGAUGUAAUUGUUCAGAUUGUGGAUGCAAGAAACCCCCUCUUGUUUAGGUGUGAAGAUCUGGUAAGAAUGAAACUAACUUUCAAUGUUUAUUUUUCCAACAAUUUUGCUAGAACACAUAGCAUAGGAUAAUUGUUUACUCCUGUCCAACUGCAUUUUUGUUUGUUUGUUAAGGUUAACAUGCCUUAGAAUAAGCUAAGAUUUUUUAAUACUUCCAUUUUUUUUAAUAUGAUAUUAAUUUUUGAGAAUAAAGUUGUUUUUCAUUACCUCUCAUUUGUGUUACAACUUUUUCCCCCUUUAAUUUUUUGUAACAUCAAGGAUACGACUGAACCAAAACACUACACAUUUUAAAUCAGUGAACUUUAUCAUAAUGGGAUGUAUUUAAAUUAUGUACUCAUUAUCUUUCCACUGUUGUUAUUUUGAUAGGAAAACUAUGUUAUUGAAGUUGAUCCAAACAAGUGCAAUCUUUUACUCAUAAACAAAGCUGAUUUUUUGUCUCCAGAACAAAGGUGAUAAUAAAAUUCUUCUUAACUCCUCUUUAUGUUACCUGUAUAUGAUUUUAUCACUUAAUUAUUUAUAUAUUGUUUGUAGAUGUUCAUGGGCAAGAUAUUUCAAAAGUAUUGGGUUACCGGUAGCUUUCUGGUCUGCACAGCAAGAAAAUGAUCGAUUGAUGAAGGUAGGAGAAUGAUGGGUGUAAUAAAAUAUUUAAGGAUGUAACUGAAAACUGUGACCAAAAGUGCUGUAAUUCCCUCCAAUAUUCUCAAUGUUUUUUGAUCUGCCAGUUUUCACCAAAAGAACAAGGAUAAAACUACACAUGAGCAGAAUUGAUGUGCAGCAAAACAGUGGUAGAUGGUGUUAUACAUGAGUAUAAUAGGCAGCUAUGUGUGGGUCAUGUGAUAGGCUCUCUUCCAAUAAACAUGAAAAAACAAAGUCAGACUGUCAGUGUUUUUUUUUUCAUCACUGGAGGUUGUUCAGUUCCUUUCCUGUUUUCCAACAAGAAAUACAAAAGACCCUUCCACAGUUUUUUACAACUUUUGACAUGGUCUAGUAAGCAAAACUCAGAAUUAACACCCUAAAAUUACUUGUGAUUUUCAGGCACUCUUUUCCGUUUUUUUUAUUGCUUUUUGCUAGCUUACCGUCAUUGUCAAAAGGUAAAAAAGGAGUGGAAGAUUCUAUUUCCAAGGAAGAAAUAACGUUUUAUUAAUACAGACUUGUAUUCUCAGUUAAGAGCAGCAGAUGGUGAUAAAAUCCUUGAAGAGAAAGAGAAGGAAGAAGAACAAAGAGAAGAAGAAGCAGAAAGUGAUAUCCAGAAAACAACACUGUGGUCAAGACUUUCUGAAAUGUCUGUUGAGAAUGAGGAGAAACUUUUACAUUUACAUGAAGAGGAACAAGGAUCACUUGAGGAUCAUAACAUACAUGAUGAGACAACAAAGAGUUCAGUAGACUUACAGUCAAAAUGUACUGAAAAUCUAUCUACUGGAUAUAGUGAUGGUGCACAGGGUUCUGACUCUUGUGAACAGGACACCGGAAGUGACACAUGUAUUAAGGAAAAUGAACAAUCUAAAGACACAAGGACAAAAUGUGACAUUUUAUCUUCAACUGUUAAAGAAGUUUCUCCUCCCUCAGAAAACAUUUGUAUUGAGGCUGUUGGAAAUGAAGAAAAGUCACAAGUUAGUGAUUCAGAAGAUGAAUCACAGGAUUCUGGACCUGGCAACUCAGAUAACAUUGAUGAGAAAAAUGCGACAGGGCAACUAUUGACAAGGGAUGAGUUACUUGCAUUGUUUAAAAUGCUUCACAUGAGUAAAUUAGAGGAGUCAGGUCAACAUACACAGACUACAGUUCUUACCACUGUUGGGUUGGUAAGUACUUUGCAAUCAACUAUUAAAAAUAAUAAUUUUUUAUCAUUGUAAUUUUCCUGCCAUGGUUUGUACUGUACCAGGCCAAAUCAGUAGCUCAAGAUCAUUAUGUUCUUUGUUCUUGUAUGAUAGCUUGUUUUGUGUAUGUUGAAUUACCAAAAAUACUAUUCAAAUAUUAAUAAGAAAAAAGAAAUCAUUUUUCUGUUCAAUUUUAAUGUUAUUUGACAGUCACUAGCCAUGGUGUUACAGAAACAGAAUUGCUCUUAAAGGUGCAACAAACAACAAGUUACCUUUCACAAAAAUGUUUUCACUUACCAUGGCAAAACAUCUGCAGGCACACCUACUUUAAGAAUUCAAUCUCAUGCAAGGUUAAAAUUGUCAGUCCAGUUGCUUAAAAGUAGCAUUUUUGUUACUAAUAAGCUUACUAAUAUUUUGAACUGGGAUGCCUUCAGGUUGGGUAUCCAAAUGUUGGGAAAAGUUCAACAAUCAACACACUUUUGAAUGACAAGAAAGUUCCUGUAUCAGCUACUCCAGGACGAACGAAACACUUUCAGGUGCGUGACACUGUUGAAAUAAAUAAGGAUGAUGAAAGUGAGAACGAUGUGCACACUUAUCUCCCAUCUUCUUGUGCCCAUGUUAAUUUCAUGCACUGCAGGCUACACAGGCUAUCAAGGGAUCAACUGGUCAAGACAACUUAAAGUACAUGACCCAGCCAAAAUGUUGUCAUAUGUAAUAACAUAAUAACUUGCUCUGAACCAACAAGUCAUGAGGAUAACAAUAACAGAAGUUUGGGCUUACAAAUUUCACAGAAGUGUAAAGCUGCUUCCAUGAAACACUACAUUCCUCCUUCUUCGUACCUCCCUCAAAAUAUGUUGCCUCAUCUUGCCACUACUGAGUUUAGAGUUUGUAAUUUAAAUGUUGUUCUAACAAAGAAGUGAUUGUUUUAUUUCAGACUCUGUAUGUUAAUGAUGAGGUCCUCCUGUGUGACUGCCCAGGCCUGGUUUUUCCUUCAUUUGUCUCAACAAAAGCAGACAUGAUUCUGAAUGGCAUUUUACCAAUCGACCAGAUGAGAGACCAUAUUCCUCCAGUUUCUCUUAUAUCUUUUUCGUCUUGAAACUAUAUUGUCAAAAGUGAAUAUCUUCCAUUGGCUUGUCACUCAUCCUGCUGUGCAAGCACAUGUCUUCUAUUUCUUGUGUUAAGCAAAGCAAAUAAGAAAUACCUACGGAGGCUCUUUUGCGUCACAUGACCUGAAAACGUAUGCUCAGUUAUUCUUUUGUCUAAUUAAUUUUACAGUAGGAGCUGACUCUGAGGAGAUAUCAUGCCUCAGCACUUGUAACUUAGUUGUCUUUUCCUUUUGUUGGCGUUUUGUCAGUUGAAACUAUUAGAGCGUUGAGGCAUUAUAAUUUGAAAGUUAUCAAUGUUGUAACAGUUCUUUGCUAGGACAUUAAUUCUUUUAAGAAAGUAUCUUUUUCCCUAACUAUAUUCACCUCUGUCAAAGAAUUCCUCGCGCUGUUCUUGAAGUGGUUUAUGGUAUAACUAUUCCGCCACCACAAGAAGAAGAUGACAGCAACAGGGCACCAUUUGCAGACGAACUACUCUCGGCAUACGGGCGUAAGUCAGUUGUUUGUAUUACUAUGGAACAGGAAGCUUGAAAGUAAAAAAAUAAUACGUUACUUCGAAAUUUUCGUUCAGCUGCAGUUCAGUUUCAGUUUGAACUUCUAUAAUUGAGCAACCUUUCUGAUUUGGACUGCAGUUCUAUUUUCAAAACUGAGGUUGUUGGUUUGGUCGUACUGACCCAGCGUUCCCCGUCUUGAAUCUAGGCACAAAACCGUAUAUGGCUAUUUUAGGCCAUCCUUAUGUCGUUUUUAUACUCGGAUUUUUUAAAUAGUGAAAUCAUGCCGGACUCUUAAGUUGUUAUUCCUGUUAAACUAUCUUUACUCUCAUGUUUACGUUCGGGGUGAUUGUGUUUAUAGAUGUCAGAGGUUUCAUGACUUCACACGGAAUCCCUGACGGCUCCAGAUCGGCUCGCUAUAUUCUGAAAGAUUACGUCAAGGUGAACAAUUUAAUUGUCAGCUUUGCUAGCCAAGAUUUGUAUGCAAGCAGUGCCUAUAAAUCCAUGCAUUUGCUCUUUAUAGGAGAUUUUUUUUCCCAUUGACAUACAUUUACGGUUCUCAGUCACCCUCAAGAUUCCGAUCGAAAUACUGUUUUUAUGUUUUUGCAGGGAAAAUUGUUGUACUGCAUUGUACCUCCUGGAGAAGACGAAAAACAAUUUGAACAAAUGGGAUACAAAGUACAGAAACUUAUCGACGCUGAAGGCAAAGAAACUAACAAAAAAGAUAAAGUUCACAGACAGGUGACACAUUGUAUACAUCAUUGUUGGCUUCGCCGGCAUCAGCAGAAUUUGUACCAUUUUAGCCCUCGUUGAACAAAUUCAAGCGAUCAGCAAUCCUCUUUUUUAUUUAGUUAUUGAAACUACUUAAACUUAACAAUAAAAAAAAGAUUACUCAGCCACCUGCUGCAAUAACCAUCUUUCGUUCUUUUUUUUUUUUAGAUGAAUGAUGUUGACAAGGAUUUCUUCAAACAGGUAUUUCCUUUUCUAUAAAGCCUUGUUUCGUUAUUACCUUCGAUGUAUAGAGCUGUUUUGUCUUUUAAGAUCAGUUCAAACAUAAAGUAAUCCCAUGAAGUUUUAUUUUUCGCAAAAGCUGUCUUUGAUCUUUUCUUUUAAGGAACACGUCCGCUACUUCUCUCGUGGUGUUACGCUUGGACCCAGGCCGCUCGGGGGAGCGAUCUCUGGACAAGACGGCGCUAUGCCUUACAAGCCUUGGAAGAAACAUUGCAACAAAAAUAAGAGAGAAAAACUCCGACGGCUGGCCAAGAAGUAGAAUCAAGAUAAUCAUAAACAAG